AUGAAAAUAGCCUUCUCGAUAUUUUUAUUGCAGCCGAUGAAAUUCAAUUAUCUGAAAUUAAACAAAAGGCUGAAAAACGCUUGCUUGAAACUGAAUCAGCUUGGAAAUUUCCCAAAGACUUUAUUACAAUAUGUAAAUAUGAUAUUUUCACUAAUUUAUAUCAAAUUGCAUUAGAACUUGUGUGUAGAAAUCCAAAAGUUAUUUUUGAAUCAGAAGAUUUCUUAAAAAUGGAUGAAAAAGAUCUAAUUGGGCUUUUGAAAU